UCAUCUUAAGCUGCUACCAUCCAAAUAAUCUUAUCUACACUCACCCUUUGGCUACACCUAUAUAUAAUUAUCAUAACUGCCUCAAACACUCAAACAACCAUCACCAAACACAACACACACUUUCAUUGUUAUUAUUACAUUAUCAAACAACAAACACUACUUGUCAUUAUGGCCAACUUCAGUAGUGUCAGAAACAGCAGCAAAAAGAAGAGCGUAGUAGGUGGCAUUGUGAAGUUCAAAUUCGUGGUUGAGAAGCUCCAAAAGAGACUGAUCUUGCUAGGGAGAAACAAAGAAGGGUGUGAUUCUUCAAACUCAAGCUAUGUGCCAGAGGACGUGAAGGAAGGACACUUCGCAGUGAUUGCAGAGGGUGGUGGAGAGGAACAAAAGAGGUUCGUGCUGCCACUAAGCUGUUUAACAAACCCAACGUUUUUGAAGCUAUUGGAGCAAGCAGAAGAAGAGUACGGCUUUGAUCAUGAGGGUGCAGUAACCAUUCCUUGCAGGCCUUGUGAACUUGAGAGGAUACUACUUGCUCACCAAUGGCAUCAAGAGGGAACUUGUAGAAAAUCCUUGGUAUUUUAAUAACUAUUAAUAAUAAUGUAGUCUACUGGAAUUUUUACAUAAUUAACUUUCGUUCCUGCACACACCUUUAGUCAAAUUGAUUUUUGACUGUCUAAUUGAUUCUUCCACCAAGAGCUAAUAAAAAGUUCCAGCUUUGAGAUUCCUCUCAUAAUACAUGUUUUUCAUCAUUUUUGGGGGGGUUGACUUAGUUUUAAGGAGUUUACUUACUGGUAUCUUAUUGCUGGUUUAUUUCA